GUAGCGGCGACAGGGAGCGGGGUUUCUCCCUGACAGUCCGGCUAUGCUCAUCUGAACGCAAACUGUUCUUUCCCGGCGGCGGAGAGAAAAAACAAAAAAAAAAACCCACAAACGGCAAGACGGCCCAUCUCCACCUCGCCUGCGCGGACAAUCUUGCGGCACAUCUCGGAUUUCGCGUCUCCUUCAUCUCGGGAGUUGGCGAGCAGUCCUUGUAAGGCCUCCGAUGCCGCUCCGGAGAGAGUGCCGCUCGCUUGCUCGGUCGAGCUGCCAGAUGUGAAGUGCUGAGACCCACAACUCGCCGCGGCCUGGAUCCAGGGGUAGUCUACCUUCCCUGGGCCGCUAGACCCAAUCUCCACCCCUCCCCCUCAGUCUGCUCUCCAGCCCUGUCCAAGGACCAAAACAGCAACACCCCACCCCAUCCCAACCCCCUUCCCCAUUCCAGAACAAUGUGACAACUGGACCCGACCGGUACCAGUGCAACCUGCUAUUAUGGAUGUGAGAAUCGGAGCACAGUGAAUCAACGCUCAUCCAGUCACAAUGGUCUUGUUUUUGGUGGCAACGACGAUAACAUCCAAUCACUCAACCAAUGGGAAUCAUUCAAGAGAAGACGCGAGGUCCCCCAGCCCCCACGUCCUCCCCACCGUGCUGGUGCUGUCCUUGCUGCUGCUCAUCGUCGUGCUACUGGUGUGGUACUUCCUCAGGUUAAAAAACCAGAGAAAAGCAGUUGUCACAACAGUUGACAAGAAGAUACCAAAUGGCAUCCUGGAGGAGCAAGAGUUUGGCUACAGCGCUGAGCCGUUAUACUCAUCUUUACCACCAGAGCAGCAGACGGUGGUCCUCCUGCCCAGAUCCCCCUCAGCCUCCAAGACCUACUUCCCCAUCCCAGUAGAGCACCUGGAGGAGGAGUACCGGCUGCGCUCAGCCGACGAUGGCAAGCUGUUCAGGGAGGAGUACAACUCCUUGCCUGGGGGUUUCGCCCACGGGUCGUAUGAGGAGGCCAAUAAGGAGGACAACAAGGAGAAGAACAGAUAUCCAAACAUCCUCCCAUAUGACCACUCCAGGGUGGUGUUGACUCAGCUGGAUGGAAAUCCCUGUUCCGACUACGUCAAUGCCUCUUACAUUGAUGGAUACACAGAGAAGAGCAAAUUCAUCGCAGCACAAGGCCCAAAAGAAGAUACUGUGGCGGACUUCUGGAGGAUGAUAUGGGAGCAGAAGGUCGCUACCGUCGUCAUGCUGACAAACCUGAGAGAAAGGAAAGAAGAUAAGUGUCACCAGUACUGGCCAGACCAGGGCUGUUGGACCUAUGGGAAUGUCCGAGUGGCGGUCGAAGACUUUACUGUCCUGGUGGACUACACCAUACGCAAGUUCUGUGUACAAUACCAGGCCAGCGACGCCUCCAAGACUCCCAGGCUGGUGACCCAGCUCCACUUCACCAGCUGGCCUGACUUCGGAGUGCCCUUCUCCCCGAUCGGCAUGCUCAAGUUCCUCAAGAAGGUCAAGGCGGUCAACCCUCCGUUUGCCGGGCCCAUUGUGGUCCACUGCAGCGCCGGUGUGGGAAGGACAGGCACUUUCAUCGUCAUAGACGCCAUGAUAGACAUCAUGCAUGCCGAGCAGAAGACUGAUGUGUUUGGCUUUGUCUCGAAGAUUCGGGAACAGCGCUCACAGCUCAUCCAGACAGAUAUGCAGUAUUCAUUCAUCUACCAAGCCCUGCUGGAAUACUACCUCUAUGGAGACACGGAGCUGGACGUGUCAUCUCUGGAGGGACACCUGCACAAACUGCACAACACCUUAGCCCCCUUCGACAGGGUGGGCCUGGAGGAGGAGUUUAAAAAACUGACCAACAUGCGUAUAAUGAAGGAGAACAUGAGAACAGGAAAUCUUCCUGCCAACAUGAAGAAAAACAGAGUCCUGCAGAUUAUCCCAUAUGACUUCAACAGAGUUAUUCUCUCCAUGAGAAGAGGACAAGAGUUCACCGAUUACAUCAAUGCAUCUUUUAUUGACGGCUACAGGCAGAAGGACUACUUCAUUGCAACCCAGGGCCCUCUGCCCCACACUGUAGAGGACUUCUGGAGAAUGGUGUGGGAGUGGAAGUGUCACUCCAUUGUCAUGCUCACUGAGCUCCAGGAGAGGGAGCAGGACAAAUGUUUCCAGUACUGGCCCACGGAGGACUCAGUCACCUAUGGAGAUUACACCGUAGAGAUGAAGGGGGAUACUUUGUGCGACACCUUCAGUCUACGAGACUUGGUACUCACCUUUGGCCCGGAGAAGCAGACAAGGAUGGUCAGGCACUUCCACUUCCACGGCUGGCCUGAGAUCGGCAUCCCCGCUGAGGGUAAAGGCAUGAUAGACAUCAUCGCCUCAGUGCAGAGACAGCAGCAGCAGUCUGGCAACCAUCCCAUCGUUGUACACUGCAGUGCUGGUGCGGGGCGAACAGGUACAUUCAUUGCACUGAGCAAUAUCUUGGAGCGAGUCAAGGCGGAGGGUCUACUGGACGUAUUCCAAACUGUGAAGAGUUUACGCAUGCAGAGGCCUCAUAUGGUCCAAACUGUGGAACAGUAUGACUUCUGCUACAGGGUGGUACAAGACUUUGUUGACAUUUUCUCCGACUAUGCCAAUUUUAAAUGAGAUUUGCCUUAACAAUUGAUUUUUUUUUAAAUGUUGUUUUUAAUGCAAGUUUGUCUAUUUUAUGUUUCCUUAACCCUGACAAAUGACCUUCUAUUUUGCUAUGCACUUGUCCUACAUUAACUAAAACUCCAUCCGCGCUGUAUUAUAUUGUAUGUGAUCCCAUGAAUAUUGUACAUGCUAAAGUCAGAUUAUUAAUGUUUAUUUCCUGACAUGUAUAUUGAUUUUUUUUGUCAUGAUGUGUUGUUUAAAUCUUUGGUCUCUUCAUUUCAGUUUCGUUGUAUGAUACUGUUCUUUUAAGUUUAAACCUUUAUCUGAGUGUUAUUUUGGAUUGAGCACACAUGAUAUUUUUAAAAAAAGAAAUAUUGUAGCUAUUGUAAAUGUAUUUAUGUAUUUGUCAGUGGCCCUCCAUUCUUGCAUUUGGAGAACACGACGGGAAUGUUGAGAUAUUUUUAUUUAUGUAAAAAAAGGAAAAAAAACAUUAUUAUUGACAACUUCUAUCUGAUUAGAGGUGACGGUGAACGUAUUUUGUUUGUUUGUUUUUGUCUCCAGCGAGACGCUCAUCACAGAUGUGAGACUCUUUCCAGUGAAAAUGCUAUUAUGGAAUAAAAAGGCAUCACUUCAGCCAUAAUGUAGAGAAAAUAUAGAUAUGCAAUGGAUUCAGGAAUAUGCUCCGCAGUUCAGCACACCAUCACAAGAGUCGUGAGAGACGAACCAACCAAUUCUGUACCUCAAAAAAGUGGUAUGGAGCUGCACAAAACAUGGCUCUUAAUGUUACUGAGGUCUGACAUCUUGUCUGUAGACAAUGGCAAGUGUUUUGCUAAAGCAAAUGCAUAUUAAAAAGCACAUAUUAAGCCUUUUGCCAAGAAUUUACAAUAUUUAAUGAUUACUGGUUGCUUUACUGUAUUUAUACACUAGAUUAGAUAUAUAUAUAUUGCCUAAAUCGGUGCCGUGUAGACUUUUUUUAAUAUUUGGCGAAGGAAAAAUAGCUCUCCAUAGGUGGAGUUAAGUUGAUAUGGAGAAAUUAUAUACAAAUGCAGAUGGGGGGGGGUGUGAACGUUGUUAACCUUGAUUUUCAAAUUCAACUUAAAAGGUGUAUCCCGUAAUGAUGAUUACCUCAGUAAACACCAGUAGUGCUUCAAAGCCAGCCAUCUUUAACCCCAUCCCCACCCCAAUCAGCAAGGGCCAGAAGGACACGCCUCUAUCCCAGACCUGAUCAAAUACAAUGUGCCAUUCCUAAUUUGUUUUUUUUCUGUAGUCUGCUUGGGUUGCAGGUGGGUGUAUUUUGCCAUGUUGCGUGUUAACAAUCGCAGGAAAGCGCUUGAAUGUCGGUUUGCUUUCCUGUAAUUGACGACCUACCUGGUAGCAUCUCCAUUUCCUCCGCCCUGCUAACCCACACCCCGUCCAGCGCUCUCUGCAGGAUCAAGUAAACCAACAAACACCAGGAGUUAUUUUGCAAACGCGACGUGACCGAGGUCUGCGGCUCUCCUUCGUGGACCGAUGUGAGACUAUUGUGUGUCACGUAGAUGACUUGAUGAAGCGCUAACGUUGUGAAAGUUGCCGAAGAAGAAGAUGCCUGCCGGGUGAUCGGACUAUACGUUUUGUUUUCCUCCGCUUCUGUUAGCCGUGUGUGAGAGAUGCUGAGGCGCUGCACAAGAAGAAGGUGGGAUUAAGCAAACCAGCCCCGCGUCCUUCCUCCCUUGGCCUUGUCUCCGUCUUACCUGUCCUCUACAAAAGUACGGAGGACGGGUCUAUUUCGGUCAUAUUUCUUGCCUUUUGCUUUCUAUGUAAGUGGUCUAUCUCUGGAUUCUCAACGUCUUUUAAAAGAAAUGCAAGUUGCAAUAUUAAAUUCAUUGGAAA